AUGCCAUAACCAAUAAUUCAAACUUUAAAACCAUUUUUAACUACUCUUAUGAAAAUAAUCUGCCCUGUUGGGGAAUCAUCAGUUUAAAUACAAAGAGAUAACAAAUGCCAUUUGUGGAUGUAAAUAGUGUUCUGUGCUUUGAAAGGGCCAUAAUUAGCAAGGUUGUACAACACAACUACUGUGAGCAACCUACUGUGUUCCAUAUAUAGUGUUUUGAAAGCUUUUGUUUGGUUUCUGGCCAGAGAGAAAGGGGGGCAGGUGGAGAAGAGUCCAUUUUACUCUUUUGGGAUUUGUUUUACAAGGUGCAUCAGAUGGAGUUUAGCAAAGCAGUGAAAUAUUUCUCCUUAUCUAACUACUGAGUGUUUAUUCUUCCCUUAUAAAAACCAAAGGACUAGCAAUUUUCUUUUAUGAAUGUGGACUGAAGAGAGGUAUAUAGCCCUUGCAGGAGAGGAAGUCAAGUUCAAAGUUUUUCUUUCCUUCGGAUUCAGGAAUAAGCAAUGGAAAGACUAGCCAAACAACUGAGCAGCGGGGAUCCUAUGGUUAAGCCCUCCCCCCAGGACUUUUAUGUACAUAAGCCGCAGUCACUGGAGCAGCUGCGGCGCAUUAGUUCCAACAGUUUAGCAGGCUGCUUUGUAGCGCUGACAAAAGCGUGCUAGUGGCUUCCCUCCAUGUUCCCUUGCCUCGCGAGCUCGGCAGUGAUCUUUGGCGGCGGCUCGGCAGAGGAGGGUGACGUUCAGCAGGCUUCCGCCGAGGAGCGCGCCCUCCGCGUCUGCGUCCCGCGCGCCUCCCGGAGAGACUGAGGCAGGCGGCGGAGCAGCUGACGGCCGCUAGCGCGACCCGCGUCCCGACCUUCCCCGCACUGCGAGCGAGGCAGUCCCUGGGAGGAGGCCAGGCAACCACGUUGCCCUGGAUCGUUGCCAACUGUACAAAGUUGACCGGGAAGAUGGCCCAGCAAACGACAAGCCCGGACACCUUAGCAGUACCUGAAGUGGAUAAUCCGCACUGCCCAAACCCCUGGCUGAAUGAGGAUCUUGUGAAAUCCUUGCGGGAAAACCUGUUGCAGCACGAGAAGUCCAAGACCGCACGGAAAUCGGUUUCUCCCAAGCUUUCUCCUGUGAUUUCUCCGAGAAAUUCCCCGAGGCUGCUGCGCAGGAUGCUUCUCAGUAGCAACAUCCCCAAACAGCGGCGUUUCACAGUGGCACAUACGUGUUUUGAUGUGGACAAUGGCACGUCUGCGGGACGGAGUCCCCUGGAUCCCAUGACCAGCCCGGGAUCUGGGCUAAUUCUCCAAGCAAACUUCGUCCACAGUCAGCGUCGGGAGUCCUUCCUGUAUCGAUCCGACAGCGACUAUGACCUGUCUCCAAAGUCUAUGUCCCGGAACUCCUCCAUUGCCAGUGAUAUACAUGGAGAUGACUUGAUUGUGACUCCAUUUGCUCAGGUCUUGGCUAGCCUGCGAACUGUACGAAACAACUUUGCUGCAUUAACUAAUUUGCAAGAUCGGGCACCUAGCAAAAGAUCACCCAUGUGCAACCAGCCACCCAUCAACAAAGCCACCAUAACAGGUCAGUGAUUGGUACCCAGAAUAUUUUCUAUGCACUUUAUACACAGCAUGUUAUUAAUAAGGUAGGUGUUGGAGAUAAAGAGAUGAAUAAAAUGUGACUACUGGCUUCAAAGAAUGAACAGUCUAGGAGAGAAGGAUUUCUGACUAAGUGCAAACUAAGUACCAUGACUGAAACCAAUUCAAAGACAUGCAUUUGAAGGAGGGGCAAGUGGGUCUGCCUUAGGAGAGAAGAGUUCCCACUGAGCUUUCAAGAAGGUAAUUCUCCAUUUGGUGAGGGGAAGAUCACCUGACACCAAGGGACCAGCAGGAGUGAGAUGUGGGAGCAUGGAGUACCUGUCCUGAUCACGGGCCUGGGAACAGUGAGGACAAAAGAGUUGAAAGUGUAUGGGAGCAACUGAACAUGAGGCUUCCAGAGCUCCGAGAGCGGAUUAAGGCAGUAGUGUAAAAAGCCAAUGUAAGUUGGAAGCCAGCGGACUCUAUUAUAUGGGCAAUAGAAAAUCAUCAGUCUUUUCUAAGUAGAGGAUCAAGUAUAUAUUUUAGAAUGACAACACUGGAGGGAGUAUAGAAACAGACUGAAAAGAAGAAAAACUAGGGGCAGCCCCAUACUCAUUAAGAGGCCAAGGACACACUAAAGAUGAUGUAGCUCUGAACUGGAGUGUUGUUGGGAUGAAGAUGAGGAAGUGGGUUCACGACUGUUUUCAGAGGUAGAGUUGAGAAGACUUGGCAGUUGAUUAGAUUGAAGAGUGAUGAGAAAAGGUGUGAGAAAUGCCGUUACAUAAAAAACACCAGUGUUCAUCACAGCACUGUGUAUGUGCAUAAAAGACAGAAAACAACCCAAAUGCUGAAUAAUAAUGUGGAUUCUUUUUAGGUAUUAACAAUUCCAUUAAAAAAGUUUUUAAAAUGAUUUAUGAGGGAAUUUUAAUAAUGUUAAAAAUGCUUCUGUUUUAAAGAUUACAUGAUGAAGUGCUAAGUGGGGAAUAGGCACACAUUUAAUGCAUUUUAAUUAUGUAUAUUGGACUUAAUUUAAGACAUUUUUAGACCUUGGCUGGCAACUAACAAAGGCAGAUAGCUUUAUCCUUUUGCACAGAACCAAGCAACAAACGUGUGUGUGUCAGGUCUCAGUCAUCGGUUUGUCUCUCCUCACCAAGAAAAGGCACUACUGAGAUGCCCAGUGAUACUUCAGUAUUAAGGUGCCACUGUAGAGAAUUAACUGUGUUUUCAAAUAAUUAUAUCCCUGGGAUAGGGUAGCAGACUGUCUCUUGACUAUUGAACCUAUGACGUGAUGGUUCUAUUAUCUUCUAACCGGUCAAAAAAGCUGCCAUGAAAAUAGAGGAUCUAAACAUCACCAAAGUCCAUUUCAGCCAGUACCUGUUUCUCAGGUCCCUGAGUUAUAAAAGGAUAAUGUUUCCCAAACCUGCCUGAUGAAAAGGCUCACCAAGGGAUGCUUGCAAACAAACAUAGAAAGACAGAUUCCUAGACAGUCCAGACUAGCAUCUUUGGGGUAAGGCUCAGGGUCUGUAUUAUUAAAGAGUGCUCCCAGGUUAACGAGUGCACCUUUGAUUGGCCAGAUUUGGGAAAACAGUGGAACACUAAAGGAAGGAGGUGACAGUGAUGCCAUGUACAUUGUUGUCAUUGACUUGUCAGCAAUCUGUUGGAAAAUCACUGUCUUUCUGGAAAAUGAAUAGAGUGGCAUCCAUACCCCAUGGAACAAACAGUGCAGUCUAGGACAACAAAUGAGAAUGUGUGUGAAGCGCUCUGCGAUUAGCAGAAAGCAAUACACGGUGACAUUAUUAUCUGUGCAAUACUCGCCAUCCUGGUCGUCAUCAUGGGGCUGUCACUGCUGUUAUCUCUCAAAAUGUGUACAAGAUUAUAAUCAGACCAGCUUGCUCCUAGAUAAUGAAGUAUUAGGUCCACAUUGUGUAUGGGGAUGGGAGUGAGUUUGGGAAAUGUUAGGUUUAGUAACUGUACUCUUUCUGUCUUCUCAGUCACAGUACCAAGUCUCCUUUAAAAAAAAUGAAAAGAACAAUAAAAGCUUCAUUCUUAAGUCACUCCCUUCAUCUAUAAAGUGCUUCCCACCCAUAUAUGCCUUAGAAAUUAUUUUUAGGCAUACUCAGACAUACAAGACUGUGGUGGGUCAAAACCAUGAAAAUUCCUUUGGGUCUCGUUUCCCAAAUCUUGCUGGUUAACUGUGACACUGAAUUGUCUGUGAAUAAAUGGGAAGUUAACUCAAAGCAUCCUUUUUUUUUGCAGUCUCUCAGAAAAUGCUUUUUAAAAAUAAGGUGGAUAUAUUAUUAAUACUAGUUUUAAUAAAAAUGAAUGUUUUUUGACAUUUGACAUGUACUAAAGACUCUAUAUGCAUAAUCUCUUUUGAACCUAUGAUAAUCCCAUAUAUAGCUACAAAUGACAAAGUAGAGAUUGCAUCUGACUCAGAGGCAGAACAUAAAAGGCUUCCUCCCUAAAAGGUGUUGGCAUAGGCACAAAAAAACCCCACAAUCUGCUGUCAUCUGAAUGUCCCCAAAGUUAUACCCUAAGGAUUUCCUUCCUCUUUUUUAGAGAAGAGAAAGCAGAAAGUGAAUCUGUGUCACCUACUACAUGAAGGGAGGGUAGGACAAGAGGAGGGAUAAGAUACAUGGAUACAGAGAAACCCCUUGGGAAACCAUAAGAAGACAGGCCUAUAAGCUAAGGAAGGCAUUCCUGCCUGAGAUGGAGAAUUCCUCAAGCGUUCUUCAGUUCCCCCAGUUCUCUUCCAGCCCCUUUUCAAGUGCCUGCCAUCCUGCGAGUGCCCAGGGCAGGAGCCUCUGUGAGGCACGGCCCUGUGGUCUGUGUGCAGAGUGAAGCAGAGGGAGUCUGUCAGACGGCAGUUGGGCAGGGCAGGGCAUGGGCCAGGGCACUCACCUUGCCCCUGGGACCACUCGUUAUCAAUCCUGAAAUGACAGCUUCUACCAAAAUGAUGAAAUCCAUCCCAUCUUUGUGUUUGGACUUGCCAAAGGCUCUUCAUAUCCAUUAUCAUUUUCUUGGGUACCACUUUUGGCCAUGACAUUCCCUAGCUCUCUAUCCCCCAAACGUACCCACUGUAGAUAUUUCUGAUGUCUAUAUAUCCAGUGCUUUCUAGUGGACCAUCUUUUCUCUUUUUUUGUGGUUCUUUCUCGGCAUUGUUGGUACGCUGGAAGUAUUUCUAAUGCACUGUAUUCUAUGUGCCUGGUGACACAAACGGUCCUUAUGACUUUUUGUUCUGAUAUAUUUCUGGUAUUUUCAUAUUGCACAGUGAAUUGUCCAUGUGGGAAACUGCAUUUCUGUGCACCCUCCUGGGACUCCUCUUUCUAGGAUGUGAAAGACUGUGCUUAGGCUCUGAGGACCCAAUGAGGCAUUAUUUAAUGUUUCCCCUGAACUUUAGGGCCAUAAUCCUAGACCUUCUUGGAAUUUAAAAAGAUAAAAUGUAUUCUGUUGAUUGAUAAAGAGCAGUAGGUAAAUAGAAAACAGAGGGUCUGCAAAUGAAGAGAUAAAUGAUAGGUAAAAUAAGGAGAGGAGGAAGAAGUGAGUCAGGGUGAAACCUUUUUCCUGGAGAAGCAGGAAGCUGUCUGCACUGUUAUUUAGCUUCGAGACUGGAAAGGGCUUGAGGAACCAGUUUAGGAACUUAGAGAAAACUCAGCAUGACGAGAAGGUGGAAGGCUGAGAAUACAAAGGAGGAAAUGUUUUCCAAGUUGUCGAGGGCAAUAGAAAAGGACAGGUCCUGGAUCUAAGACACCCGAGGGGAGGAACGGGUGACAGUCUCCAGGAUGCCUCCUGUGUCGUCGACUGUGCAUUGACUGUGCUUUCCAGUAAGAUUGUUUACGUAGAAAUAGACCAAGGUUUCCUCUUCUCUCAUGUUUUUAUUUUGAAAAAAAGUCUGAACAGUUAUAAGUUUCGUUUGCUUGUUUGAUGGACAAAGCAGAACCUACGUAGACAAGGAUGAGUGGGCUCAGGAGUCAGGGGGUCUGGGUUUCACUGCUGGCUCUCCUGCUCACCCUCUGUGUGACCUUAGACAAGUUGCCCUACGCCCUGAGUCUUUUCUGUUAAAAUGUGAUGAAAAUAAUAAUAGUAAUAAUAAUACCUCCCCAGUUUUGAGGAUUACACAAGAUAAUCCAUGUAAAAAUUUUGGCACGGUGUCUGAUAAUAUUGAAUGUUAGCUUUUAUUAAAAGGCAGGUAAAAAGUGCUUUAUAUGUUGAAAAACAUUAUGAAAUUAUCAAUAGACAUAAUCGUGUUAUUUGGGCUGAUCCUCCCAAAGUAGCCAUCUUUGUAAACUGUAUGUUUUUUAGCCCUGCUGCCAUUGCUGAAAGCAUUUUGGAAAUCGUUAAAGAAGGUUUACAGUCUGUACAAGAAAAAACCAUCUCAGUAAGACUAGCUUACUUUCAUGCUUCAUUUUUGACCAGAAAUUUUAUUUCCAUCAUGAUUGCCAACCCCAGUCACCAAACGAGAUGUCAGAUUAGCCUGGAUGAGGCUAGUUCUAGAAAUGGAUCUUCUCCAAGGGAGAAGACAAUGCUGAGGUAUUUGAAAGUGUAACAUGGGCUCUGAAGACAACCCAAGACAGAGCAUUCAGGACUCUUUAGAUGGUGGUAGCAUAUCGAGUAAGCAGAUGCAUAGCCUUUCCCAGGCCACCCUUUGCAGGAGACAGCUUCAUCUGAAUCCUAGCCAGGUGUGAGGGAAAAGUGGUGGUGCAGAGUUUUUUUCACCGUCAUCCACACCUGGUAACGUCCUUGCCUGGUAUGGUCUGCAGCUCUUCACAGCUGGUUUCCAUGCACAGGAAGCUGCUGAAGGUGGUGGGGAUAAAGGAGAAGGCCAGCGUGACCCAGCCCGCUGCCUCGCAGAGAGGCCCCAGCCCUCGGCAUUUCAGCAGGAGGAGCAGCAGAGGAAAUGAGCCCGGCCCUUUGUCACACCACUUUUUCUUACUGAGUCCAUUAAAUGACUACUGGGCACUGACAGUGCUUCAGCAUCCUGGCCCUGGCAGAUUGCCCACAAUUCUGUCCUAGGAUGGCUUAGAGCCUCCCUUUAGGUAAUGGAGUGUCAACAAUGAUCCUCUGGUUACAAAAGAGAAACCAACUCUGCUCUUAGAGCAAAAUAGAAUCUAGUGGGAGGAUACUGGAAUAUUUCCCAUUCGUUGAGAAUUAACAGGGAGGCCGGAGGAUUAGGGUUGAAGGACUCAAUGCUUCAAAAUGCUAGAAAGGCACAAAGUAAGAGUAAAAUCCCAUAGCAGGAGCAAUCCAGUGAGAUCCCUGCAACUGGUUUUAGUCUCUUUAUCUGUUUAAAAGUCCAGUUCCAGGGAAGGGGUCUUUGUGGUCUACUUUGGGCCUUGGGUCUUGGCUAGAGGAGAAGAGGUAUCUGGCUGUUCUGCUAGACUCUGUAAUACGUGUAGUAGUAGUAAAAGCCUUAAUUAUGGGGCCAGAUCACAUGGAUUCCUACCCUAGCUCUGCCACUUAUAGAUGUUUCUCUUCAGACAAUUCAUUUAACCUUCCAGAGCCUCAAGUCCCUCAUUUUUGAAGUGGGCAUAAUAAUAGUAAUUAUCUCAUAGGGAGUUCAUGAACAUUAUUUGAGAUGAUAUUUAUGAAGAACCAAGGACAAUGCACAGCACAUAGGAAGCCCUUGAUCAUUGUGGGCUGUGCUAUUAUUAGAAUUAUCCAAUGAUGAUGCCAAGUAAUUUCCUGAAAGAAAUUAGGAUGCUGUUAGGAAGGGGAAAUAACUGCUGGUGGGUCAAAAAUAAUUAUCAAUUAUAGUGAGAUAAGAGGGUUGGCCUCAAUACACUGUUCUGCUAAUAGAUUUCUCAGCAAACUACUUUUUGUGAUAUUAAGGUUCUUACAGAUGAUGCAGGAUAGCAUGGAGCCUGUUCAUUAAUAUAUCCCUGAAAACACAAAAAUGAUUUGCCUGCCUGAUCAUUUGAUUCACAUAUGUUCAUUGAUGCCUCCUUUAUGCUUAGUUCUAUUAACAGUGCCAUGCUCUGUGGCUUCUGGCUUGCUUACAAGUGUAGGACUCAAGGCCAGGAAUAAUUUGCAUUCCUAUGAUCUUUGUUUAAUAGUAAUCUAAAUGGACUGUGGUCUAAAAAGACUACCUAAUUAGAUUUACUUUAGGGGGUACAAGAUAAUAGAAAGAGAAGAAUUAUUUUUAAGCCUCUCAACUUUCCGAGCACAACAUGUAAGUAGGCCCCAGUAUAUGAAUGAGUCUGGUUUCUAAAUUCAUGUGAAGGUUCAUUGUUUGAAUUUUAGCCAUGAAUAUCCACACACUGGCAUUCAUCAAAGGCCCCUUAGAACCAGUCUAAACCUCCAUUCCAGAAAAGUGCAGCCUUUCUGAGGAGAAAGCAUCUGAAGGAGAAUCUGAGGGCUCCUGAAAUAGCCAUUUAGGUCCAUCAGUGGGGUAGAUGGAUUUAAGUCUCUGAAGACCAACCAAACCUCACUGUAGAACACUGCACAGCCUACCCAUUUGGGAAGUCAGAGCCCUUGUGAGGAGCGGCCCACUGCAGGCCGUGGGGAGCUGCCUGUGAGUUCGCUGCGGCAGACCAGUCAGGUAGAAGCUGGAGUGCCGCUGCGGUGCUGACCUCUGCCCAGAUGCCUCCACCUGACCACCGUCCUCCCCACCCAACACGUGGAUCAGGCUUCUGAAGCCACCCAGACUGUCACAGCCUCUGGCCUCUCAUCUCAGCCCUGAACCCUGUCCCCUGAGCUAACUAACUCUGGCCUCUCCACCAACCUCACACAUCAAAUCGCCCAACGCAAGCAAGGCAUUAGCAACUUCAGGCAGAAAGUAUAGUUCUUCUUAGUGGUAGUUUUUUAAAAAGGUAUGUCUCUUUUCCCAGGGGCAUAGCUAGACAUUUAUAAGAGGGUGGGCUUUGGGCUCAUUAAAUCAGUGCAGAGAAUCCUGGCUAUGCCACUUGUUAGCCAUUGGAGUUUGGGCAGGUUAUUCUCUGAGCCCCAACUUACCAGCUAUAAAAUGUAGAUAAUAUCAAGCUUAUCUCAGUUAUUAUAAGGAUUAAUGAGAUAAAUGAGCUCCAAGCCUAGUGUCUGGUGCAUAGUAGGAACUAAAAAAUAAAUUCUAAUUCUUGCAUAAGCCUUUCU